CAUGACUGAGACCGGUUGAGAACCCCCGUUGUAGCGGCUCUUUGUCGAGCGUUUUUGUAGAAGGUCCUUAGCUAACUAGAGCAUCUUUGGACAGGUUUUCGCAACAUGGCUGCUUUUUAACAUGUUUGAGUGUAGUUAAUAUAACCACGACGGGGGAUGGAGUGCUGUUUUAUACUUAUAAAACGUGUUGGGAUUGAACAUGACACACGUUAGCACGUACAGCGGUGCUAGCUAGCUAGCUACUUUAGCUAGCUAACCAACUAACGGAGCGAAGUAAGGCGGAACCUCAGUCACCUCAUGACGGGCUUCUGAAGCGGUGACACCCACCCACCCCCGGCGACGUGUUGAUACAAGGUUCUGAAGCUCCAGCUCUCUAUGGCUGUUUAUGAUGAGAACAUCACCAAGAACCCCUUCUACUUGGCGCUGGAGAAGCAGAGGCCAGACUUGUGCGCUCGAGUGGCCGAGCUCCACGGCAUUGUUCUGGUUCCGUGCUGUGUCAGUUUAGGUGCUAGCGCCCUAUCCGACUGUCACUUUGACAGCUACGUGCUGCAGCCUGUGGAGGAGCGCUACCACACCGCCGAUGGAAAGGAGGUCAGGAUCCACGACAGGCAGGUCCUGCUGGGAUCCGGCUCGUCCGUUCCCAUCCUUUUCGAGGAGACCUUCUACAAUGAGCGCGAGCAGAGCUACAGCAUCCUUUGCAUCUCGCGGCCCGUCGAGGCGGCGCCAGGCUCGGCCGAACUCGGCUCUUCGGAGGCGUACUACCCCAAGAGCCUGGAGGAGAUCAAGGAGUUCCUGGGGCGCUACAUCAACAAGUUGGACAAGCUGAUCCUGAACUUCCGUCAGGCCUUCAAGGACCAUGAGAAGAAAGGACUCCGACAUCACAUAGACUUAGUCCACAGCCUGUACACUCGAUGUCUUCAGUGUGUGCUGAGAGACUCUCGUCUGAAGGUUCUGGCCAAGCAGGAAGUCCAACUGCGUGUGCUGAAACAAGCGGUGGAGGUCUACCUUCAUCACGGCAUUCAUCAGCUCAUCUUCAACCUGGUGGGCACGCUUGAAGCCAGCCAGGAUGCCGCCUUCAACAAGACCACCAGGAGUCUGCAAGACCUCCAGCACAAAGACUUUGGAGUCAAACCCGAGUUCAGCAUCAACUUGCCUCGCGCUAAACGAGAGCUGAGUCGACUCAACCAGCAGACGUCUCCGCUGUUCAAACUCCUGUGUCUGCACCGUGUCGCCCUGACGGCCACGCGCACCGCCGCAUCCACGGGGUCGCGGGGGUGCUGGAGCCUAUCCCAGCUGUCUAAAGUCAGCAUCGAAGCCGUGUGUGCAGAUGACCUCCUCACCGUCAUCCUCUACCUGCUGGUCAAGAUGGACAUCCCUAACUGGAUGGCCAACCUGAGCUACAUGAAGAACUUCUGCUUCAGUCACUCCGGCAAAGAUGAGCUGAGUUACUGCCUGAGUACCUUCGAGGCCGCGGUGGAGUACAUCAACCUGGGGAAACUCAACCACACCCUGCCUGGUUGUGUCGAGGUUAACAACAAGGUGAAGAUGACACAGAAUGUGAGUCUUCUGGUUCAGAGCACGGCCACACCCAUCAGCUGUCUGUUUCAGCACAUCGCAAACGGAAGCGAGGUCGAGGUGGAGCGUCUGCUGAGCAAAGGCGACGCCGCAGGCGAAGAGGACGGACGCACGUGUCACCCGCUCUGCUCCUGCCAUCUCUGUGAUCUCCAACUGUCGGGGAAGUUGAACGACCCGUCCAUUAUAACACCGUUCUCCAGGGAUGACCGCAGUUAUACGCCUCUGCACGUCGCCGCCGUCUGUGGUCAGGCUCAGAUGAUUGACCUGCUGGUGUCCAAAGGAGCACCGGUCAAUGCCACGGAUUACCACACACUCACGCCGCUACACUUGGCGUGUCAAAAGGGAUACCAGGGAGUCACGCUGCUGCUGCUGCACUACAAAGCCGAUGCUAACGCUCAGGACAACAACGGCAACACGCCCCUACACUUGGCGUGCAUGUACGGACACGAGGACUGCGUGAAGGCGCUGGUCUACUACGACUUCCAAACGUGCAGCCUGGACGUGCACAACGACAAAGGCGACACGGCGCUGCACGUGGCGUCGCGUUGGGGCUACGAGGGCAUCAUCCAGGUUCUGCUGGAGAACAACGCCAGCGUCAACGUGCUCAACAAGAACCAAGACACUCCGCUCCACUGCGCGCUCAACUCCAAGGUCCUCACUUUGCUAAAGUCGACGCCCAGCGGCCAGCUGUGCAGGGGUGGCGGACAUGGCGUGAACUGUGCACCCGGCGUUUCUCCUGCGGCGUCAGACUGCAGCAGCCGGCGCUCGUCCGAGUCCAGCACCUCCUCCACGGGCUGCGAGCCCCGAGCCGAACCAGUGCUCGCGCGACAUCGGCAGGUGGAGAAGCUGCUACGAGCCGUCGCAGAUGGCGACUUGGAAAUGGUGCGCUACCUGCUGGAGUGGACCGAUGAAGACGAGAAGGAGGAAGGGGAGGAGUCAUCCGAGGAACUGCUGUGCCACCCUCUGUGCCAGUGUCCAACGUGCGCACCGGCUCAGAAGCUGUCGGCGGCGCAGGCGGGCACGCUGGGCGUCAACAGCUGUAACGCCGACGGUUUCACGCCGCUCCACGUGGCCGCCAUGCACGGCCGCGCCGAGCUCACGGCGCUCCUCGUCCGCCACGGGGCCAGCGUCAACGGGCGCACCAACCAGAAAGCCACGCCCCUUCACCUGGCGAGCCGGAACAGCCACAUGCAGGUGGUGGUGUUCCUGCUGGAGUGCAACGCCAAGCUGAAUAAGAAGGAUCACUAUGGCAACACGGCGUUGAUACACGCUUGUCUCCAUGGCAACCUGGACGCUGCCACAACUCUCAUCCAGAGCCAGGCGCUGGUGAACGUGGCCAACAAUCAGGGAAACACGGCGCUCCACGAGGCGGUUCGCGGCGGACACCCGGCGCUGGUGGAGCUUCUGCUGAGGGGUGGAGCCUCCCCCGAAGUCAGGAACAAGAGGCAGAGGACGCCGCUGGACAGCGCCUACGAGCUCGGCGGGAAGAACACAGAAAUCCUGCGAGCGCUGCAGAAAGCGUCUGGACUUUCCCCAGACGACGAGCCCAUCAAGCUUCUCUCCGUGCCCAAAGGCACUCUGGCCCACUCCUUCGUCCAGCACCUGAGGACCAGUGACCACGCCGCUCGACACAAUGUCAACGCUAGCAGGAUUCAGAAGACAAAGAAAGGCUCCUGCAGUCCUUUGUAUCGCUCGGCUGUCCGCACGCAGGGGACUCGAACGGUGGACAUCAGCGGCCCCCAUCCGAGGGAGCGGCCCCUACCUCGGUGGCGCACGCUGGCUUCUGGAGAGGACUCGCCGUCAGCACGCCGUGAUGGCAACGCAACACGCCGGCUCACGAAAGGGAUGUCGCACUCUGCUGUGAUGUCAUUGGACAACUCCACAUUUGACGGGCCUGCUGAGUCGUCACGUCAGUCACAUGACCAACUUGACCGCCACGUGCACACUCAUGGAGCUGCCAUUGUUACGGCCAUUGGCAAAGAAGCGGCCAUCUUCAGGGACACACCCCUCUCCAGGGACACACCCCAUGGCCAAGACACACCCAUCUCCAGGGACACACCCCUUUCAGAUGAGACCGCCCUCUUCAGGGACACACCCCUCUCCCGGGACACACCCAUUUCAGAUGACACACCCCUCUCCAGGGACACACCCCAUAGCCAAGACACACCCAUCUCCAGGGACACACCCCUUUCAGAUGAGACCACCCUCUCCGGGUACACACCCCUCUCCAGGGACACACCCCACAGCCAAGACACACCCAUCUCCAGGGACACACCCCUUUCAGAUGAGACCACCCUCUCCGGGUACACACCCCUCUCCAGGGACACACCCCACAGCCAAGACACACCCCUUUCAGAUGACACACCCCUCUCCAGAGACACACCCCUCUCCAGGGACACACCCCUCUCCGGGGACACACUCCAUGGCCAAGACACACCCCUCUCCGGGGACACACCCCAUAUCCAAGACACACCCCUCCCCGGGGACACACCCCUUUCAGAUGAUACCGCCCUCUUCAGGGACACACCCCAUAGCCAAGACACACCCCUCUCCAGGGACAUACCCCUUUCAGAUGAUACCUCCCUCUCUCGGGACACACCCCAUGGCCAAGACACACCCCUCUCCAGGGACACACCCCAUAUCCAAGACACACCCCUCCCCAGGGACACACCCCAUGGCCAAGACACACCCUUCUCCAGGGACACACCCCAUAGCCAAGAAACACCCCUCCCUAGGGACACACGCCAUGGCCAAGACACACCCCUCCCCAGGGACACACCCCUUUCAGAUGAUACCUCCCUCUCCAGGGACACACCCCAUAGCCAAGACACUCCCCUCUCCACGGACACACCCCAUUGCGAAGCCACACCCCUUUGCAGUGACGAGUCUCUCCAGUGACUUUCCCCGUUG